AAAGACAAAAAUCUAAUUGUAUACCUUCUAAAACUGCACCUGAACCCAACAUUUCUAAAACAAUUGAACAGUUUCUGGUUUUAUGUAGAGGAGGAUGCUGGCAGCUCUAACCCUGGCCUCCCUGCACCUCUUGGCGUGGGCAUCGGACCUCUGCCCUUCAAAGUGCCAGUGUGAGCACAACCUGACCAAAGUCACCUGCCGAGACAGAGCGCUGCGACGGAUCCCUGCACUGCCACAGGACACGCACAACUUGUACAUCUCCUACAACGAGAUCGAGGAAAUACCCGAGCAUGGGCUGAAUGAGCUGCAGAUUCUGGACUUGACACAGAACCAGCUGGGGGUCUUCGUGUCACGUAACCCAUUCUGGCCCGAGAUGUCGAAGCUGCACAAGCUUCUGCUGCGUGACAACGACCUGCGGUCUCUGCACCCCCGCCAGUUCCUGAACUGCCCCGCUCUCACCUUUCUGGAUCUGAGUAAGAACCAAAUCCAACUGCUACCAUCUGGUUUCCUUCAGGGACUAGCUAAUCUGAAGACCCUGUUUCUGAGCUACAACCGGAUAGAAAAGCUGCAGGUGGGGGUGCUGAACGGAGCCCAUCACCUCGCUGAACUCCACCUCAGCUUCAACAGCAUACCUCAGAUAGACAGCGAUCUCUUUAGGAACUCCACCAUGUUAGAGAAACUCGACGUGUCAAAUAACAGAAUCGCAGCGGUGGGAGAGGCGGGUUUCAGAGGAGCCGCGGGCCUCAAACACCUGGACUUGAGUCAUAACCAGCUGGACGCCGUUCCGUCCCGAGCACUGAGGGAUGUAAACCGGCUCCAUUUUCUGAUCCUGGCUCUGAACAAACUCACCGACCUUCCUGAGGACGGCUUCUCCUGCCUGAGCCUGCUGGUCCACCUCGACCUGAGGAGCAACAACCUGAUCACCGUGUCAGAGGGGUCGCUCGCAGGCCUGGUUAACCUGACGGACCUGGAUCUCAGUGAAAACCUUGUAGCUUCUCUUCCAUCCGGAGCCUUUAAAGACCUCAUCAACCUCGAGGUUCUCGAUCUGUACAGGAACCGACUGACGUCCCUUCCCUCCGACAUGUUCAGCAGCCUGACCAGCCUGGAGGACCUCCACCUGAACAGCAAUCAGAUCUCUGCCUUGCCGCUCGGAGUUUUUGAUGCGUUGCACAAACUAAAAGAGCUGCAGCUGUCACACAACCUCCUCCAGGAGCUCCAUCCGGCUCUGUUCACCGAGCUCAGCUCUCUCCAGAUCCUGCACUUGGAGCAGAACGCUCUGAAGCACCUCCCCAAAGGCCUCCUCCACAAGAUGAAGGCUCUCAGGGAGAUAAGCCUGCAUGACAACCUCAUCGAGUCCCUCCAUCCCUCGACCUUCAGCGGCCUAACGAGAGUCAAGUCCCUGAGCCUCUCCAACAACCACCUUUCAUCUGUAGACCCAGACCAGUUCAGGGAUCUUACUGGUUUGAAAGAGUUAAAACUGGAUGGAAACCGCUUUGUGAAACUUCCCUCAAACCUUUUCACGGCUCAGAAGAAACUCGUAACACUCGAUUUGGGCGACAACGAUCUCUCCGAGCUGUCUGCAGAUGACUUUAAAGGGCUGACCCACCUUAAGGAACUCAGGCUGAGCUUCAAUAAGCUUCAGAACAUCCAUUUCAACACCUUCCACCCCCUCCAGAACCUCCGCAGCCUCCUGCUACACAACAACAGCCUGGACAGUUUAACUGAUCAGCUCUUUGUCCGGCUGUUGAAGCUAAAGGAACUAAACUUGGACGAAAACAAGCUGGUUCUCCUGAAGCCUGUGGUCUUCCAAGGACUUCAAGAUCUCCAGAUCUUGAGCCUGAAGUCCAACCAGCUCAGGACUCUGAAGAGUGAGACCUUGAGGCCUUUGAGGAAACUCAAUGUUGUCUAUCUGUCGGGUAAUUUGUGGGAUUGUACGUCUGCGAAUAAGGUCUGCAGCUGGCUCACCGUGCACAGAGACAAACUAGGAGAUCACCCCGUGUGUCACUUAUCAUCAUCAUCAGCCCUGUCUGAAAGUACGCAGCUGUCACAGCCGCCUCCAUCUCCUCUGUUCUUACACGAUUACUGCAUCAAAGGAGCCGCGGGUGGCUCGACUUCACUUCCUGUUCAGAUGCUCAUCCUGUCUCUUAUAGCCGUCGCCCACAACCACCUUUAA